CGUCGCAUGAAUCGCCUCCUGCAGACCUUCGUCACCCCGGAGGCCAAGCCCCCGAUGCCCAGCAAGCCGCCGAUGGCGAUCAGCGUCCCCGCGCCCGUGACCGUCGACGAUGGGCAGUAUGAGGAGCUCGACCUCGACGACAUUGGCUCGAGCGGCAACCACACGGCCGAGUUCUUCUCGAUGCAGUCCAAGAGCCCGAUCAUCCGCUCCAUGGGGCGGUCCUUUGACCACGGCCAGCCCGAAAGCAGCGCGUACGGCCCGCGCUCCAACGACUCGGCCGCGUCUCUUCGGUCGCAGCCCGCGUCGGCGCUCUUUGGUUCGCCGUCCAUGAACCUCAGCACGCAGGCGUCGUACGGCUCGUCGUCGUCGCUGACGUCGUCCGCCGCCUCGCUCUUUGAGCACGAGGCUCCUGCCGGCGCCUUUGGCGCGCAUGCGCAUCACUUUGAACAGGCGCCGUACCAGGCACAGACAGCGCCGCAGGAGGCCACGGAUCGCUUUGGACCGUCGUCGUCGCCCGAGCCACCGCAAGAUGCUCCGUACUUUGCGCCAGCCGCGCCGACGCCUGGUCCGUUCUCGCCGCCAAGGGAAGCGGCGUCCCUCUUUGGCGACUCGUCGCCAUCCGACCCGUUUGCCCAAGCGUUCCAGCACCCGAGCUAUCCCCAGCCAUCGUACCAGCAGCCAGCUUACCAUCAACCGGCUUACCAGCAGCCAGCGUACCAGCAGCCGUCGGGCCAGCAUGUCCCGCCACCGCAGUAUACGGGUCAUACCUCGCAGUCUUCGCGACCCCAAGAGGCAGCGUCUCUCUUUGCUAUCGACGAUUCAAGCGAUCCAUUCCGCUCGUCGCAAGCCCCGCACCAGCCGUUGCCCGAGACCAACCCGGUGUCGUCGCCUGCGCACGAAGCUGCCUCGCUCUUUGGCCACGCACCGUCAAGUGCUUUCUCAGCGCCUACCGUCCACGCUCAAGCGCACAGCGAGCCGUCACCCCCAAAGCCGACGUCGCCACGCCCACAAGAAGCAGCGUCGUUGUUUGGUGAUGACGACUCGUCGGCCCCGUGGGGC